UUAAUUAGCUCGACCUGAGAUAUGUAGCAACUGAGUGUUAGAUGUUCAUCUUCAAUAAGGAAGCAGUCAGGUGGAUCGGAGAUCGGGAAACAGAGAAUGAGAGAGAACAUGGAGAGAAAUCAUCAGGACCAGGAAAUGUUCUGGCAUGGAUCUGGAAUCUAUAAACAUUUUUCAGGGAUGUUCAAGCGGCCAUUAAAGAAGGGAUCUGCGAGAACCACAGUGCUCUUCGUCAUCGUCCUUUUCAUUGGAGCCUUCCUCUCAUUUCGCUGGAUCGACUUGUCUUUUAUAGGUGCUUCGAAGCAAAAACUGGUGGUUAACUCGGACGCAAUUCAUAAACAUUAUCAGAGAGUAGAAAUCCCACUCAAUUGUUUCGCCGGAAACCAGACUCAAAGCUGUCCUGCCAGAAGCUUCUCAGCAGCAAUUCAGACGGUAGAAGAUGACCGUUCAUCAUCGAACCCAGUUUGCCCUGAUUAUUUCCGCUGGAUCCAUGAAGAUCUGCGGCCGUGGAAGGAAAGGGGGAUCACGAAGGAGAUGGUGGAGAAUGCCAAGAAGACCGCUAACUUUAGACUAGUGAUCGUCAAUGGGAAAGCUUACUUGGAGACCUUCUCGAAAGCAUUCCAGACAAGGGACGUUUUCACCUUGUGGGGGAUCUUACAGAUGUUGAACAGGUACCCUGGGAGGUUGCCGGACCUUGAGCUGAUGUUCGAUUGCGUCGAUUGGCCGGUCGUCCAAGCACGCGACUACGAAGGGCAUAACUCCACUGCCCCUCCACCCUUGUUUCGUUACUGUGGGAACGAGUAUACCUUAGAUAUAGUUUUCCCUGAUUGGUCUUUCUGGGGUUGGCCAGAGGUCCACAUGAAGCCUUGGGAGUAUCUGCUGGGCGAGUUGAAAGAAGGCAAUGAGAGAAUCAAAUGGAUCAACAGGGAACCAUAUGCUUAUUGGAAAGGAAACCCAGACGUGGCUUCGACAAGGCAAGACCUCAUGAAAUGCAAUUUAUCCGACAAACUGGAUUGGAAUGCUCGCCUCUAUAAGCAAGAUUGGGCCCGUGAAUCUCAAGAAGGCUACAAGCAAUCAGAUUUGUCACGGCAAUGCACUCACAGAUAUAAGGUCUACAUUGAGGGCUCCGCAUGGUCAGUUAGUCAGAAAUAUAUUCUAGCCUGCAACUCUGUCACUUUACUAGUAAAGCCUCAUUACUACGAUUUCUUUACAAGGCAUCUAAAACCAAUUCACCACUACUGGCCAAUAAGGGAAGAUGAUAAGUGCAGAUCUAUUAAGUUUGCCGUUGAUUGGGGAAAUCGUCACAAGCAAAAGGCACAGGGCAUAGGAAGAGCAGCCAGUGAAUUCAUACAAGAGGAGCUGAAGAUGGAUUAUGUGUAUGAUUAUAUGUUUCAUCUUCUAAAUGAAUACGGGAAGCUUUUCAAAUAUAAACCCAGUAUACCUGAACAAGCAAGUGAGCUCUGUCCAGAGGUAAUGGCUUGCCCUGCAGAGGGGUUGGAGAAGGAGUUAAUGAUGGAUUCCAGGGUGAAUGCUACUAAGGAUACAAGCCCAUGUACAAUGCCACCUCCCUAUGAUCCUGCAUCUCUCCAAGCCUUACUGAAGAGAAAAGCGAAUUCAAUACGGCAGGUUGAAUUAUGGGAGAAAAAAUAUUGGGAGAAUCUGAAUAUGGAACAGUAGCUAGAGCUUAGUCCUUGUUUGAUUCUCUCUCUAUAUUUUGUUGACUU